AUGGAUAACAUUUGGCUUCUCUCACUUCUCUUCCUCAUUUGUAUUCUUCUCGCCACCUUCAACCACAAGAAACGGUGGCAACAUCAACGAACACCACCAUCUCCUUCUAGAUUUCCGAUUAUCGGAAACUUACAUCAAAUCGGAGAAUUACCUCAUCAAUCUCUAUGGAGACUCUCCAAAAAGUAUGGUCCUGUGAUGUUUUUGAAGCUUGGAAGAGUCCCAACGGUCGUAGUUUCUUCCUCUGAAACAGCAAAACAAGUUCUCAAAAUCUAUGACCUCCAUUGUUGUAGUCGUCCAAGCUUAGUAGGACCAAGAAAGCUCUCUUACAAUUACUUGGACAUUGCUUUCGCUCCCUUUGAUGAUUAUUGGAAAGAACUAAAGAGGAUUUGUGUGCAAGAGCUCUUCAGUGCUAAACGAGUUCACUCGAUUCAACCUAUUAAAGACGAGGAAGUCAAGAAACUCAUCGAUUCAGUCACAGAAUCAGCUUUUCGCAAAACACCGGUUAACUUGAGCGAGAAGUUUCUUGGUUUAACCGUAGGCGUGACAUGCAAGGCAACAUUUGGUGUGAGUUUCCACGCAACUGUGCUCAACAAUGAUAGAUUCGACAAGUUAAUCCGCGAGUCAUUUUUGUUUUUGGGGAGCUUCUCUGCCUCGGAUUAUUUUCCAAAUGGUGGUUGGAUCAUCGACUGGCUCACGGGUUUACAAGGGCGGAGAGAGAGUAGCGUGAGAGAUCUUGAUGCGUUCUAUGAACAAAUGUUUGAUAUGCAUAAACAAGGAAACAAAGAAGGAGUCGAAGAUUUCGUGGACUUGCUAUUGAGGUUGGAGAAAGAAGAAACUGUUCUUGGAUAUGGCAAGCUCACAAGAAACCAUAUCAAAGCAAUCUUGAUGAAUGUUCUUAUUGGGGGCAUUGGUACUUCUGCAAUAACAAUGACAUGGGCAAUGACAGAACUUAUGAGAAACCCGCGAGCAAUGAAAAAAGUGCAAUCCGAAAUCAGAAAUCAAAUUGGCAACAAGUCAAUGAUAAGCUUGGAUGACAUAGAUCAGCUCCAUUACCUGAAAAUGGUGAUCAAAGAAACAUGGAGGCUACAUCCUCCAGGACCUCUUCUGGUUCCAAGAGAAGUAAUGUCUGAAUUCGAGAUCAAUGGCUACAGGAUGCAAACCAAGACACGGCUUUAUGUGAAUGUUUGGGCUAUUGGACGUGAUCCUGAUGCCUGGAAAGACCCAGAGAUGUUUCUACCAGAGAGGUUUCUUGAUAAUAACAUUGAUGCAAAAGGACAGAACUUUGAGUUGUUACCGUUUGGGAGCGGCAGGAGAAUUUGUCCUGCGAUUUACAUGGGGACAACAAUGGUGGAGUUUGGUCUUGCAAAUAUGUUGUAUCAUUUUAAUUGGAACUUACCAGAAGGCAUGGUGGUCGAAGAUAUCGACAUUGAAGAAUCUCCUGGACUCAAUGUGAGCAAGAAAAAUGAGCUUCUACUUGUUCCUCUGAAGUAUUUAGAUCAUUGA